AUGUAUCGUGAUCGAAGUUUGUUGUGGGACCCAAUUAAUUCGAAAUACAAAAAUAAAAACAAAAGGCAUGAUGGACUUAUGGAAAUUGCGAUUUCUUUUGGCAUGGAAAAAUUUGAUGUAGAAAAAAAUAUAAAAAAUUUGCAAAGCCAGUUUGCUAGAGAAAAGAAAAAAGAGAAGGAGUCGAGAAAAACUGGGAGUGGUGCAGACGAAGCGUAUACUAGCAAAUGGUUUGGAUAUGACAGUAUGUUGUUCUUGGCUGAUAAGAAUACUCCAAAAAACACUCAUGAUACAGAGGUAAAUAAAAUAAUCAUAAUAAUAAUAAUUAAAUAAAAUAAAAACGUAGUGUUACUGCAAGGCGUUGGCUCGCGGGAAUAGCUUGUCUGAAUGAGGUGUCUUUUUUAACGAUUUUUGGCGCAAUCAUACUUAAUACAUUUUCAAAAUCUGAAUUAUUCAUCCGAAAAAAGUUUCUAAAGCCCAAGUCAGAUUUGUACUCUAAGUUAAGUUCAUCAACCUCAUUCAGCAAUAAAUCCUUCAUAAACUCCUCAGUGCUAUAUUUUUUCCGUUUUACCUAAAACCUCCUUGGGCGGUGACGACGAACCUGUUGGCUUUUCACGACUCCAAUUAUAAUUGCAGCAGCUGCCACUGCAAUGUCUUCUGAAUCACUCGUUUUAUAGGUGAUUAAAUAGGUGAAUCAAUAAUAUUGAAUAUAUUCAUAAUAAUAACAGACACUCGUAAAACACAGUAACACUCGUAUACGUGUUGGUACAGUUGUGUCGGUCAACUAGUCCACACAUAUGGUGGCCAAGCUUAAAAUCGACCGUGUCGAUCGACACCAUUCGGCAUAGUGUGGACACGACUUUAGACUUUUACUUCUUGUUCAUUUUUAUUUAA